AAUUGGGAUAUUUACGCGACGGACCGGGUUUUUCUUGAUUUAUUAUGAGGGUCCCACUUUUGGAAUCCUUUGGCAAGUAUAUAAACCAUUCAAGUUCAUUCUGGAGAACCACAAACUAACACAUACACCAUCUUUCUCAAGGUUUAAUUUGAACCUACAACAAAAGAAAAUGAGCAAUGGAGACUGGAUGUGUGGUGCAUGCCAACAUAUAAAUUUCAAGAAACGUGAUGCAUGUCAAAGAUGCCAGUGUCCUAAAUUCGCUACACCUACAGAAAUGUCGAAUUAUGGCAUUGAUAGAACAGAAGUUUUAGCAGGAGAUUGGUAUUGUUCAACGUUUAAUUGUGGUUCACACAAUUAUGCUAGUAGAACUGUGUGUUAUAGAUGUGGUGCACUUAAAGAUUACACAACAACUGCCAUGAUAGCAGCAUCAACCGCAGGCUAUUACACUCAUGAUUCUAGUGCCCUUCCAGGUUGGAAAAGUGGCGAUUGGGUUUGCAAUAGGCUAGGCUGUGGAGUUCACAAUUAUGCAAGUAGAAUGGAAUGCUACAAAUGUAAAACACCAAGGGAAUAAGGUUGUCCACCAAUCUCUCAUUUAUCUCAUUUGAAUGAUUAACUUUUGUGCAUAAUAUUCUUUCGCUUAAGUCUCAAUCAAUGACUAGAAAUUUUUGAACGAUGUGUUGAAUUGUAUUUAAAAGAGAUCCCACGUACCUAGCUUUGCGACAUUAUAUGCUUUCACAAUAUCGUUUUAGUGCGUGUGUCAUUUCUUCUGAUCAAUACAAAGUUUAAUAUGAAACCCUUUUUUCCUAUAUAUACCAAACAAUCUACAUUGCUACACCUAGAUUUGAUGUCAUUUUUAUACCAUUUGCACCCAAGUGUGUCGAAAAUGCAAUUCUAGUUGAAAGGAUGUACAUCCAAAGGCAUUUGUAAAUCCCACUUGAACUUUGUUGAAGUCAUUUUCAUUAUAUUCUUGUUUAGCCAAAAAAAAAAAAGGGUCGAUGGACACUUGCUUAAAAUCCCCGAAUUGUCAACCACCUUUACAUUGUUUAG